AUGCUGGAUGGUUCUCAUUCUCGAGAAGCUUCAUUUUCCUUCCUUCAUCUUCUCAUAUAUCGCCUUUUAUUCUCGUCUUUGCACUCUCUUGAUGAUUUCAUUUUAAUUCUAUCCCAAGAACUCGAUUGCGUUUGGUCGGCCUGGUCGCCCUGGGCUGCAUGCAGCCACACCUGCGGUCCUUCCGGUACUCGAAGUCGAUUCCGCUCUGUAGAGGAGCCGGCUCGACCUGGUGGUCUUGCUUGUCCAGCUGAUGGUUUUCUCGAAACCCAAUCUUGCCCACCUCCUGACAACCUUCCUUGUCCAUGCCGCUUGUCAGCCUGGACUGAGUGGAGCGAGUGUAGUCAAGACUGCGGUGGUGGUGGCUGGCGUUCACGAACCAGGAAAUCAUUGGCCUGCGAAUUAACGGAAACAGAUAAUGCAGAAGUUCGGCAGGUGGAAGAAUGCAACAUGGAUCCGUGCUUAAAGACUAUCACCACAGCCAGCAUUCGCUCUACUGUCACAACCACCAGCAGUGAACUGAACGUCGGCUUGAUUACCACCAGCCCAGUUGCCAAUAUAACGAGUUCAAGUACUAGCUCCGGCACAAAGGUUUCCACGAAAACGCCCGAGAUGACAAUUACUCCGACCCCGAUGACAACCCUGCCGGCUGAGCACGUCUGCCAACUCGGCUACCUUCACUAUACUUGCUACAAUCUGACCUGUCCCCAUUGGUGCCACGACCUUGUGCACCGCGAACUCGCUGAUUCACCUGAGCUAAAGCUGGAUACAGGGCUUGGGGCGACCGUGGCAACAGUGGCAAGCAACUGCGAAGAGUCAUCGGUCUGUAUGUCCGGUUGCUUUUGUCCUCUUGGCAUGUUGGUCGACGCAGACGGCAGCUGUGUGAAGCCAGACAACUGUUCGUGUGAAAUCACCUCUGCGUCAUGCGAUGAGUGGUAA